AUGUAAACAAAAAACUCAAAACACCGAAAUCACUGAAAUUUUUUUGGAAAAAAUUUUGAUUUGAAAAAUCGAAGUCGAACUUGAGUAAAUUCAAAAUUGGUUAAAAAUGUUCUGUUCGUCAUUGGAUUUUGAAUAGUUUCAAGUUGAAUGAACUAGUUUUUUGAAAUUGAACUUGUGGUGGCACAUUUUGUUGAAAAUUGAUGUACGUUUCGCGGAUGGUUGUACAUGAUGAGAAUUUUUUGAAAUAAAUGUCUGAAUAAUCAUGAAGAAGAAUAAGAUAAAUAAAAAGGCCUGCACCAAUUGUGGAUUAGAGGCAGCAGUUGCUCGAAAAGUGUGUAAUGGCUGUAAUACACCAUUUUAUACCAAAAGGCCGACGUAUUUUUAUGAAACUAAAGAAGGCGAAUCAUCAGGAUCUUCAGGCGUUGGAGCAUCGUCCUCUAACACCGGUACGAAUUCAAACACCAAUGAAGACGGUAGUCGAAGGCGUACCGAAAGGGUGAAACGAGAAAAACCUCAUUUCUACGACGCUUCAGAAUUUCAAAAUAAAAAUAAAAAGAAAAAAACGGAUAAAAAUAGUCCCAAAUCUUUAGCCGCCAAGCAAAGUAAAUCUCUGGCAGCUCAGCUCAAUAAAAAAGAAAAAAAACGCUUGAAAGAAAUAAAACUUCGUGAAUCGUUAGCUGAAGCGGAAGAUGAACGCAUUUAUGAAAGCAUUAUGACACCUGAGAAAGCUCAUCAAUUAGCAGUAAUUUUAGAAGAACUUAAUAAUAAAAUGGUAAUAUCUGCUUGGAAACCAUCUUGAAAUGGAUAACUAGAAAGAGAACAAUAGUUUGAAAAGUAUUUACCAUUUCAGUAAGUACCUAGUUUGUUAUAACGGUUGUUUCAUGUUAAGUCUAUUUGUCCAGAUAAAUUAAUUUUGUGAUAUAAUUUAAGAUGUAUGUUGUAUGUAUAUGCUACGCUAAAUCCGCGAAAUCACCUAAUGCGUGUAUUCGACAAAAAAGUUGCUAAUUGCGCGUGUUAAGGCAGAAAAAAAUGAAAAAAUUGUGCGAUAAAAUAAAUUCUAAAUUCGUACUUUAAUAAAUGGCAAGUAUUUGUAAAAAUAAGUUUUUUUUUCAAAUGUGAAAUUUCUGAUGUCAUCUUUACUUAACUGGUUCAUGUGGAUUCUAAAAUUUUCGAUUGUCCGAAAAAUAAUUUAAAGUUUUUUUUUGCCCCAUAAAAAUACCCUAAAUCGCGCAAUUUUUUAAUUUUUUUUCUGCCUAAUGCGCGCAAUUGUCAGCUUUUUUGUCGAAUGCACGCAUUAGGCAAUUUCACGGAUUUAUAUAGUGUAACGUAUAUUGAAAUCGCAUUUCAAGUUUGGAAUGGCAAUUCUAAGAUGUAAAUUAAAAUUGCAUUCCAAAUUUGGAAUGGUAACUAUAUUAUGUAUUUUGUACAGAAAUUUUUCGUAACGAAAUUAUAAAGUAAAUGAUGGUCUCCUAAAAUAAUCAGUUUAUAUUCUUUUUUAUUAAUAAUUCAGAAUUUUUAAGAACGUACUUUUUUUUGUUGAAGAAUACAUCUUAUUGAUUUUUGUUUUUAAAAAAAGACACCGUACAGUUAGGUAUGUAAUUAUUUUUCAUUUUAAUAACAGAUAACUUCGUUUAAUUUAGGUCAGUUCCUUGACAUGGAUAGGUAUGACAAUCAUGGCAAACUAAAUUGAAAGUUGUUAUUGUUAGAAAUGUUUGUAUGUAUUUGAAAAAACAUGACAAUAUUAUUUAGCUACACAUAAAGAAAACGGAGUAAUAAAUAAAUACAUAUCUUACCAUA